AUGCAUUUUUUUGCCGAAUUAAUUCACAAAAAAGAGCAGGAGCAAUUCCGGCGGGAUGAAGCCAGGCGAGCGAGACGCGAAGUCGGACUGGUCCAGAGGGAUACGCUCGAAAGAGCGGCGUCCACCGAUGAAGGGUCGCCCGGAUGGCCAACGAACGCAACGUCGACGACAGCCAGCCAGCGACGAUCGAUAGCGGCCGCGAAAACAGGCAGUUUGUGCAGGCAGCAGCAGCAGCACCCAACCCAGCCAUGCAGCGAUGGGAGGCCGCGUCGCGCCGCGCCGUGCCGACCUCCUUCUCGGCCAACCGACCGCGCAGCAGCACGCCGAACGCACAUAGUGAGAAGCAGCCAGUGCGAUCCGGGCACCCCGAGCCACAGCUCCAACUCGUCCCAGCCGCACGCAACGUGA